AUGGAAAAGAUUCUUGUAACCAUUUCAACCGGAGCAGCUUCCAUUGCCGUUUUGGCAGUCCUUUUUACUGUUCCAUCCCUUUACAAUACUAUCAAUGAAGUUCAUGAUCAGGUUCUCGAUGGAGUCUCAGUUUUCCGUGUUGAAACUGAUUCCGCUUGGACUGAAAUGAUGGAUAUUCAAGUGACUGUUACUCCACCAACCAAACCACGUGUCAAUCCAUUCAACUCCGUUUUCCGUCAGAAGCGUCAAACAUUCUCUGGACUUCCAGCUUGGUGUCAAUGCGAACCAACUAAGCCAACCUGCCCACCAGGACCACCAGGACCACCAGGACAGCCAGGAGCUCCAGGACAACCAGGUGCACCAGGACCAAGAGGAGAAGACAACACAGCUACAUACGCUCCAAUUCACUGCCCACCUCCUGCUCUCGAUUGCAUCCAAUGCCCACAAGGACCAGCCGGACCAGCCGGACCAACAGGACCAGCCGGACCAGCUGGACCAUCAGGACAACCAGGAUUCCCAGGACAACGCGGAAAUGAUGGAUUCCCAGGAGCUCCAGGGGCGCCAGGAGACAAUGGACAACCAGGAGCUCCAGGACAAGACGGAUUCCCUGGACAACCAGGAGCUGACGGACAACGUGGAACUGGUACUCCAGGAGCCCAAGGAGCUCCAGGAAAUGCUGGACCAGCUGGACCAGCAGGACAACCAGGAUUCCCAGGACAAGACGGAGCUCCAGGACAAGCUGGACCAGCUGGGCAGGAUGGAUACCCAGGAAACAAUGGAUCUGAUGGACAACCAGGAUCUCCAGGAGGACCAGGACUCCCAGGAAACGAUGCUGCUUACUGUGCCUGCCCACCAAGAUCUGCCGUUUUCCUUUCUCGUCAUUAA